CACAAAUCAUGGAGCGAAUAAAAAAACGACAACAAAUCUGACAAACAGUCAAAUUGAUCGCAUACGCACACAAGCUCACAUCAUAAUAGAAGCUAAAAACAACAAUACAACGGUGGAAUAUAAAUAACAUUUUUGAGUUGUUACGGGUGUAAAUUUCCGGUUCCUUUCGCUUCUGGCAGUGUAGAGAAGAAAAAACAAUGGCCAGCUGGGCAAAUCGGCCUCCCAUUGAAAGCAACGGUGGUGGUCCAUCAUCGUCACGCAAGAAAUGGAACCUCGAAGAUAAAAAGUCACUGCGAAAUCUAAAGUACCACUUCGCAGAAGACGGUUGUUCUGAAGUGCAAUUCACACUGGCGAAACAGUUGCUGGAAGAAAAUUCCGAAACGGACCCAGCACACAAUCAUGCCCAAGGCGUACACUGGUUGCUGCGCGCCGCCCAACAAGGACACGAAGCAUCGAUCGAGCUGUUACGCGAGUGUUACGAAAAUGGGCGCGGGAUAACGGAAGCGAACGAAGAGGACGUACGCACCAUCUUGGCGAUGAGUCCGGGCGAACGGUCAGCACGACGAGCUGCACAGGAACUGUUUGCAAGCCUCUCGAACGGGGAAGAAUACGUCACGGCAGCUCAGCUCGAGAAGCGCAUGAGGGAGAUUUAUAAAAUGGACAAAAAGCGCAGCCGAACUCCUGCGGACGGUGCCGAGGCGGAGGGAAGCAUGGAGCAUAGCUUGGAUGGUUGUCCAGCGGACGGGGGCAGGGUUCACGGCAACGGUUCACCCAUCCUUAGCUCGAAUGGUGGCGGCCAUCGGUUACAUCGGACCCCUACCGUGAACCACAUUUCGGAAGCACAUCUCCUAGCAGCCGCUGUCAAUUACUCGAACGGACAUCUCCCGGAUGUGAGCGAUGCGCUGAUGCUAUCGGUGCCGGAUCCACACAGCUUGAAUCACGUGCCGUGUUUCCAUCGGCCGUUCUUCAACCCGUUCAUGUUUUUCCAGCUGCUGUACCAUCGGUUCGUUUCGCUGCUGUCCACGUUUCCCGGUACUAGCGCUAGCAGCUGGAUGCAGCUGUGCCUUAUCCUCGUCACCUACUGGUACUUUGCGAGCGACAAUCUCGUUUCGUUCCUGCCCGUCGGUGGAUACUACCUGAGCCUCGCCGUGAUGGUACUGUGCAGUUUUCGGAUGCUGAAAUCGAAGCACGAUUUCAUCGACUUCCGGAUGUGGUCCGGACUGUUUCUACGGUACGGCGACGAGCAUCUGAACACGAACGAUUCGGAAAAUCAGUACCUACGCAACAACCUGAGGCCCUACUUUUAUUUCUUCACGGCUUUCUUCAUCAACAUGGUGCUGCAGCCGAACAUAAACGACCAGUGGCUACCGUUCUCCGAGAUAACCGUGCUCGCCUUCACACUGACCUUUCUGACGAUGUUCGCGUUUAUUUACACCUCGGGCGAUUCCUUCCCGGACUAUCUGAUACUGUUCUCGUUCGGGUUGAACGUGUUGGCCAAAUACCCUUACGAAAUGGAUGACGUCGUGACGACUGGUUGGCGUUUUUUGGAUCUAAAAGUUCCGGGCUUCUCCACGUUCGUAAUCGGCAACGGGAUUGAGUUUUGCUUAAACUGUCGCGCAAUGCUUUACCUCAUGAUUCCGGGCUUCUUGAUGUACAUAGCCCGGCGCAACGACUGGCGAGGCAUCUACCAGUAUCUCAUUCCCCACUGCGUGACACUCGCCUGGUUACAGAUCUGCAUCAUUAGCUCACAAUCGGCUACAAUGUUCGGCUUGGUACGGGGCGCACUCGGACUAUCCGGAUUGCUUCUGUUCCUGCCGCUGUUCGGCAUCGUGACGCUGCUCAUUCCCGUGUUUGCCGUUAUCGAAUGGCUCUCGCUGACGGACUACACGGUGAGACUGUGGUCCUCGAUUGCUGCUGCUGUGACGGCCGUUGCCAUCUCUGGGUACAUGGCCAGCUCCCGGCGAACGGAACGAUACGUCACCUUCCUCCAGAUUGCGAUCUGUGUUAUUGGAACCGUUUUCCUUACGCUGCCCCACAUGAUGUCCAACUUCGAAACGAUUAGUGUGAAUGAAAAUCGGCUGUUUGAGUCGCCUGCGUCCGAAUCGCUCGGAGAUCACCCCGGCGAACAAACCGGUGGCAGUGGUUCACUACCAGCCAGUCUCAGCUGGGAUAUGUACUACAAGUUUUGUCACCAGCCCGCGUGGGAUACGGAAAAUAAGGUGAAAACGCAACUACGCUGCACAAACCUGGACGGCACGUUUGUCCGCUGGGAAGGAGUGGUGGUUGAUAUGGCCAUCUCCAGUCGACGAAACCUGCGUGCACAGCUGAUCGAAGGAUAUUUGCCAAAGUUUCUGGUUGAUCGGAUCAACUGCUUCUACGGUGAACCCAUCGAGCCCGACUGUGGCAACCUGAACGGAUCGGUUGAGGGUGAAUGCGAGAGUUUAAAACAUUUCAUGCAACGGCAGCGCACGUGUCAUCUCAACAAAUGGAAUACCUACGAAUAUGAGCUAAAGGUACGAAUGUCGAACGGUCUCUUAACGAAACCGGUCGAAGUCAUACUGAGAGCCCAACACGCCUUCGGUAACUUUACCCAAAGCCUCAACUAUUCCGAUCGUAUUUGGUUCGUGGGUGUGCUGCGCGAUUCAGCCCCAGCUGGUCACGAUCCUGCCGGCACCAACGAUCAAACAGGACCCUGGGAUACAGUAAGUACUGGUUUUAACCUAAACCUUAUGGGCGGACCGGCUACCAGUAGCUUCGGAGUGCACAGCAUGCGGCUGGGGCGCAAAAAUCCGUUGAUUGAGUUGCAUUCCAUCGGCUGCAGGCAGUGCCGAAAUCCGAACCUGUCGCCCGUCCAUCUCAACGAGGGCCUGAAGGUGAAUGGACGGAUGCGAGAUCUGCUGCGCGGUGUAAAGUAUCUGCUAAACGUAAUAUUCAACCCGCUGGUAAUCUUCAAGUAGCUUCUUCCCGGGUACUCUCGGUCGGACGCACGGUUUUGUAAUCGAUGCUGGUCAAACUCUGUCUUGCUCGCUAGUCGUCUGUUGGUUUUGGACUGUUGAUUUGUGCAUGUUAUUUGCAUCAUCAGUGCUUGAAACUCUCUUUUCGGUUGAGAAUGAAGGCAAACGAUGAGGAUGACUGUAUGUUUCUUUCCUUCACGUUUACAGAGAGCUAUUUUUACGUUAUUAAUAUUAAAAAUGUAUUGCCUUUUCCUUUGAAUUAACAUUACAAACUUAAAGAAUGAUAAUAAACCAUGUACGAGCUGUUGAACUGAUUGACGUACCUUAAACGAUAAGCAGUUUAUUGUAGAGAAAUAAUGUUACAUCCAGUGUGUCUAUGAUCUAUCUUUCUCUUUGUUAGCUAUAAUAUGUGUGCACUCUGAUUAUAAAGCUUUACGUUGAACAAAACUUUGGCUAAAUUUGACUUUCUUUUACCUUUACUUAGCCGUACCUUUAUAAACGAUUUCGAUGAGAUUUAUAUAACAAUCCAGCUCAAAUUAAGACUAACUAAACUUUUUAUCAUUUUUGAUAUAAUUUCUUUAGCUAGCUGUAUCUACUAAAUAGUAUUAUAAUCUCUGGACCUUUGCUCUGCCAAACCGUUAUCAAAUCUAAUUAUCUAGCUGCAGGUAAAUAGAAGUAAAUGAUACUCAUAUUUGGCUGCAUAAAACCGUCGGAAUUGAACUCUUCUGCUAAGGGCAAGAAUCUGUUCCGAUUUCGCAAAAUUUCA